UGUUUGCGGCUUUCGUUUGUAUAUUUUCUUUUAAAAUAAACAAAGAUAACAUACAUGACUUAAUUCAUUGCAAAUUUUCAAAAUGAAUGCAACAAGCCUUUACGUUUCUACGUGUCGACUCAUAAUAUUAGCUGAUCCCGCUGACAAAUCUACGUGGACUGAUUUAUUUCGUUUGGUACCGUAUUUAAGACAAUCUUUAUCCUGUACGGUUUGUGGUAAUUUACUAAAAGAACCAUAUACGCCAACAAGUUCUGGGUGCCAACAUCACGUAUGUAAAAAGUGUAAAGGUGGUCGAAAAAAAUUAAAACCUUCAUGCAGUUGGUGUAAAGAUUAUGAAAAUUAUACUGAAAACUUACAGUUACGUAUACUCCUUCAGUGUUACAAAAAGUUGUGCGAAUAUUUCAUGGGAACAGAAGUGUACAAAACAUUAUUAGAUGAAGAUGAAGUUGCUGCCAGUGUGAAUGGGGGUACAGUGGCCAGCUCAGGCUUAAUAGAUUUAAUUCAGGAAGGUGCGGGAUUUUCAGACGACUAUAAAAGUACAGGAGGCCUUUCGAAGUCAGCAUAUAGCAUAUUACCAUGUGUAUACACAAAUUCAGCAUCAACACAAACCCAACAUGGAUCUAGUUCAAGUAGCUCGGGAGCAAGAAGUUCCAGAGAUUCUCCCAAUUCAAGAUCAACAGCAAACGGAUCUCCCAUGUAUUCUGUAAUGUAUGCUGGCUCUGGGAAUAAAAUCACAAUCAAAAGAAAAGCAAUGGAUGAAUUGGAUUCACCCCAAAGUGAAUCAUCAUCUAGGGAGAGUAAGGUAUCACUCGGUUUCAAGAAACCAUCAAAUAGAUCCCGUAAUUCUACGGGCGGUAAGCGCAAAGGCUGCAGAUGUGGAAAUGCAACGGCAACACCGGGGAAACUUACUUGUUGCGGCCAAAGAUGCCCCUGUUACGUUGACAGUAAACCUUGUACCGAGUGUAAGUGUAAAGGAUGCAGAAAUCCUCACAGGCCAGACGGGAUGAAGGUCCGACCUCACAUACCACAAUUAGUGGACACACUGCAAUUGACUCUGAACAACCCUGACAGCUCACCAUCAUGUUCAGGCUCAAUGGACAGUUUGGAUACUGAUACCCUUACCAUGGAGGCUAUGGAGGAAUCGCUUAGUUACACUGCAGAACUUAAAUCGUCAAACAUUAAAGUUUACACAAGUCAAUUACAAGAGGUAUCACCGUCGUUGCCAGCUACGAUAAUGAUGGACGAGGACCUAGCUGAAUCGCCGGACGAUGAUAUGAGCUCCCCACAUGACUACACCCUGGCAUCUCCUCAGGGUUACGACGUGGACGUCAUCUCACCGCAGUCAGCAGAGACUCAAGAUGUCACCAGUGACAUUGAAGUGGAUGUAUGACAUCCACUUUCAUUGGCGAGCGACUAGGGUCUCGUCAUCGUCACUAAGUUGACGCGCGUCCAAAGGAACGUUCAGUGCACGACCACAGAUGUCACUUAUAGAAUGUUUGAAAUAGUAUUCACCAACUGUUUAUAAUUCGACGCUUGAAAGGCAAACGUGACUAAGCGACAAUGCGUGAACUUUACAGUAGACUAAUUUAAAGUU